AUGCAACCUCUAAACCCAUUCCUCAGCGCUUUCGCCAAGAGCCCUUAUCUCGCCCAGUGCUCGCCCCCUCAGCAGCACAUUCUCCUUGUCCCGACCACCGAUGUCAUCCUUGACUCCCGCGACACCGAGACGGGCGCGCCCUUGUCAGCUUCCGUAGCCUCCGACGAGUUCAUCGGGAGCCAUGUUCUGCGCAUCCUUCCGCCCAAGGGGGGGCCUGGCGCCGGAGCCAAGGAACCUGCCCAGAAUCUUCGUGAAAUGAAGGGCAAACCCAAGCUGUACAGCACCAUCAAUGGCAGGACCAUUGUCAUCAAGGACAACUAUGUCUACAGCAACAAGGGAUUCAGAGCCUUGGCCCAAGCCAACCUUCUUCACGACGCCCUUUGGUACCCUGAUACUCUCGAGCUCAAGCAGUUUCUGGUCUACUUCAUAUCGCGCCCGCUGGUCGGAUCAUGGGAAGAAGUCAACAUCACCCCGGCUCUAUUGCCGCCCGAUCCGAGCACCCGACCCAAACCUAUAGCAGCUGUGUCGGACGCACCCAAAAAGAAGGACAUCAGGAGCUUCCACGAACUCCUCAAUCACUUCCCCGCCAUUGCAAGGCAGAUGCAAAACGGUCUCGAGAAGCUGUUCCGCGAAUUCACCCUUGUAGUCGAACGACCGCUACCGCCACCUCCUUCCGCCACCGUCAUCCCUGACCCAGAACCCAUCAAUGGCCCCAUUACACACGCGGUUCGAAACGUACGAUCGAACAGUACGGGAAGUAUCAGCUUCACGAGGAAUCCAGACUUGACCGAGAGCAUAUACAGCCAGGAUGAUGAGGACAUCAUGAGGGUGGCAUUGGAGACCGCUGUAACAUCAGCCAUUGACCUUUUCCAAAAUGUCGAUAAGCAACAAUUGUCUCUGCUGGGCGCAACUACCGACUUGACUGGGCCGGUUGUCGAACGUAUGAUUGAACGUUAUGUGACGGAAAACGUACACUACAUGUUGUUCCCCCGCUUGACGACGCUUCGACGGCCGGAUGAUCUCGAGCUGGAGGCCAAGAUUCGACAGAUGGACAACAUUGAUAUCUCCCAGCUGGGAAUUGUUAUGGACGGUGGGUCGCGAGCAAAGCGCCAUCUCAUCUCGAGACUGGGGCGUGCGGUGGAUGAGUUCCGAAAAAUGACAAACGCUAGCUGUCCUCAGGAGAUGAUGGAAAUUCUUCUUUCGACUGCCAAGGCAGCAACGCAGCUCGCCCUACCCGAGCCUCCACAAACGUCGGGACCGGCUUCGGAGAAGCCCAUUCUGACCAUCAACGCCGAUACUCUAGUGUCUCUGCUGUUGUACGUUGUCAUCAAAGCUCAGAUCAAGCAUCUCCAGGCGCGUCUGAGCUAUAUUCGACACUUCAUCUUCAUUGAUGAUGUUGAUAGUGGCGAGAUCGGCUAUGCGCUCAGCACCUUCGAGGCUGUUUUGGCCUAUCUUGACCGUGAGUCCGGCGGGCUACGGAGAGCUAGUCGUCGGAACAGAGCCCUUUGGGACGCGGUAUCAAAAGGCGACAUGGUCGAGCUAAAGAAGAUUAUGGAACCAGAAACAUAUGCCAGCGAUGACGCUCAUUAUGCAGUUGAAUCUCGGCCCUCUUCACGCAGGGCAUCGGGAAACGACUGGAAUUUUGCAAAUGGGGGUUCAAGUCUGUCUUCAACGACCUUCUCUGUAUCCGAGCGUUUCUCUGAAGGUUCUGGUCUCAGUCAUGUAUUUCCAUUCCAGGACGGAGCAACUGACGAUAUCGAUAUCGAUCCUUUCGAGGCCGAACCAUUGCCUCUGCCAAAGAAAGUCAAAAGGGUAUCAAUGGACACUCGAAGUUUGUCAAUGUCGAGUAGCUCGGAAAUCUCGUUCAGAUCUAGGUCAGCAAGCAUCGCCACGGCAUGGACGGGUGGAGUUGAAGGCGACACUAGUAUUGAACGCCUCGCCCAGACCACAGAUGCACUUGGGGAGUCAGUACCAAUGAUGGCCAUCCAAAACGGUCGUGUUGAGGUCUUGGAGUACCUCUUGUCACUGAGCCAGUACUUUCCUGCCCAUGUCCUGCUGGAAGAUCAAAACAACGCCGGCACAACCUUGAUGAGCGCUGCUGUCCAGUUAGGUGAAGCCAAAGUCAUCAACAUGCUGCUGAACUUGUUCCUCGAGUCAACGCCGCGCGAUCAACUUGCAGAAUAUCUCGCCAUACAAGAUACAUGGGGUCGUAGUGCUGCGCAUUACCUCUUUCACGCACCCUUUCUAAUAAAGCUCAUAGGCGAAAUGCUACCCUGGCGGCAGAAGGACAAAAACGGACAAACGCCGUUAUUCGCAUUAUGUCGGUCGUAUGAUCAUGCCAACUACUCUAUCAUGGUGGAGGAAGGCCUUGAUUUUGCUACGAGAACUCAGGGUGAUGGUCAACCUCUGCAUCUGGAUGAUCAUGUUGAUGCCAAGGGCAACACCCUUCUCCAUAUCAUCAACGACCCGAAGCUGGCUUUACGAAUCCUGCAACAUUGCGAUGUUGACGUCAAUGCAACAAACGAAAAGAGGUUUACCCCCUUGAUGUUGGCCAGCAAGUAUGGACGUUUUGAUAUGGUGCGGGUACUCUUCGGAGAUCCUCGCGUCGAUGUUGCGGCCAGGGAGCUUCGAGGCUUGACAGCCGUAGAACUGGCCAAAGAUGACGAAGUCCGCAACAAGAUCGACGACCUCACCUUGUUCUCGCUCAUACCAGGCUCCGACUCGCGCACAACGGGUGUGGUACGAUCCUACUUCGUGGAGGAUACGUCCAUCCGCUUUGUCUUGAAGUCGGGGGCACCGGUCGAUCGGUAUAGCUAUGCCGUGACGACGUGCCGUCGAUCUUUGACAGAUUUUGAGCACCUUGUUAAGUUGCUAGAGAUAGAGAACCCUUCAUCAUGGAUACCGUCUCUGUCGGAUGUGCGGUCGCCGACACAGAUUCUCUCCAGACCAAGCCGAGCGGUGCUCAAGGAUCUCCAGAUUCGGAUGGAUUGGUUCUUGCGGGUGCUCCUGGCGCAUCCUACGUUUGCUACUCACGAGAUGCUUUGGGAGUUCUUCCUGGUGCCUGACUUGCAGCUUGACAUGAUGGCCGAACGGAGUAGGCUCAAAGCGGAAGCGCUAACGGAGAAAAUCCACGACGAGAUGGAGCCUGUCAUAGACCUAAGGGAGGUUGAGCAGUUUGUCGACCACGCUCGUGAUAUCGUCAGGAGCGUGCACUUUUCUACGAGGAGCGUGGCCCGGAGGGCGAACGUGGUUGGGAAUGUUGCCAUGGAUCUCUACGACGCCUCCCAACUCCUCCACCGCGCUCUCACCACCUUCCCCUUCCUCCCGCCCUCCCACCUAACCGCCAUGGAACUCUACGUCCGCGCCCUCGCCCCGCCCCAAAACUCGCCAACAAACCUCUUCUUCAACGCCUUCCUGACCCUCUACUCCAACGUCGAAGCCAUCCUCCGCGCCCUCGCCAAACCGCCGCGAACCAUCGCUAAGAUCGUCUCCAUUCGCCGCGAGGCCGAGCGCAACUACAACUCGCUCAACCGGUCGUCGCGUUGGCCGCUCGGUCUCCUGGACGAGACAAGACAGCGGAUGAACGAGGAGAGAGAGGAAAAGGCCAAGAACGCGGAGCGCGAGGCCGAGAUGCUCGGAAGAGAGCUAAGGUACGCGCAGCAGACGGUGGCGGGCGAGCUGGCGGGGUGGAGGGAUAUGCAUGAGAAGAUGGGACGAAGGGCGAUUAGGGAGUUGGCGAGGGGGAUGCUGACAUUGGAGAGGGGGAGGAUGGAGGGGCUGAAGAGGGCGUUGAGGAAGGUGAAGGGGGUUGACGCGGGGGAUUUGUCGGGUUUAAGGGAGAGUGUUGUUGUUGUUGAUGGGAAUGGUGUUGCUGGGGGGAGUAGUAGUGGUGGUCACGGUGGGAACAAUGGAUACGGAAAUGGGAAUGGAAAUGGAAACGGGAGAGGUGUACCCGGUAAAGGAGUUCCUGUCGGUGUUGGAAAAGCCCCGGCGACGAUAGCUGCCAGUACGGUGGUUGCGACGGGGAGACCGGUCGAUGGGGACGAGAGCUUGAUUCUUUCUGGUGUAAACGGCGGGACUGGGACACAAUCAGACGCUGCCGGAGGUCCUUCUACUUCUACCUUAGCACCUUAG